AUCAUACAGUUUUAUAGCAAAAUAAAGACAAGGCAUUCAAAGAAAAGCAUUAUGUACAUUUACGAUGCUAUUUGAUACAGGAAGUCUUUUGAAAUUUGAAAUUUCUGAAAAGUACUAUGGAAGAUGUUCUCUCUUGCCAUGAUACUAUUAAAUUUGUAACACUGAGGCAAUGUGGCUUACAAAUAAAGGGGUACAUUAAAAUCAGUGUCAGCUCUAACUCAGUAUGAAAGUAGGUUUUCUGUAAACUAAAGAGAGGAAUAUACCCAACUCUAUGUACUCUUGAAGUUAUAUAUGUUGUCCCAUCUGGAGAUGAUGUAUAUAAUUCACACUCUGCUUUCAAUCUCUACUUCAACAAUGCACGAAACCAAGAGAUACAGCUCUAUAUGCAGACUCAACCCAUAUUUUGCAGCAGACACUGUGCUCUGCUGGGAAGUCAAGCAGUAUGUGCCCACUUACUCCUGGUCCCUUGGUGAGGUGUUGUCUAACACAUUAUGAGAUGGCAAAAAUCUGAUUAUUUUUCAUAGUGCUAAUGAAAAUAUAAAAGACACUUCAGCAUUUUUAUAAUACUUAAUCUGCAUGUCUGAUAGAGGAAGUAAUGAAUGGGAUCUUCUUCAUGAUGUCCUGUUCCCCUAAUCAAAGCAAAUAAUGCUUUAUUUGAACAAGUCUCAACUGUGUCAGUGGAAUGAUUUGUAGGCAACAGUUUGUAAGCAAAACUGGAAGAAAGAAUGCUUGUUUAUGUAUGGUUUUGUAAGGAUAGCAGGCGUUUGUAUUAAGUGGAUGCAAAGGGCUAUAAAUGAAGAGACAAUUUCUUUCAGUUACUGCUUUUUACUUGGCAGAUUUUAGAAGCAGCAUGCUGCAGCAUGAUAUAUUCAUCAGGAAACCAGGUGCAUGGUCACUUAUGCUAUCAUAUGGAUUGUGGGAUUAUGAGUAUGUUUUAGUUUUUACCUAGCAAGAAUAUUCUAUACCAGCUGCUAAGUAUUAAUGCAGUCAGAGUGAACCAGCACUGUUUUACUUCACUCCCAAGUAUUGGAAAUUUCCUGAUGUAAUUUGCUUACAUAAAGUCUUUAGGAUGAAGUCCUUAAAAGCAAUUUCUUGUUGAAAUAUCAGAUCACCUCUCUGCAAAAAAAAAAAAAUCUAUCUAUAUCUAUAUAUACAUAUUAGCUGUUACUAGAUAUAUGCCCUGGAACUGACUUGUUUAUCAAGUAAACAUACUAAUUUUUACUUUAAGUUAAUACCAAACUGCAAGGAAACUUGCAGCUAUGCUGUAUACUUGUGGGAGGUGAAGAUCUUAGAUAAUUUCACAGAUGUCACUUUAAAAGGAAGAGACAGAAUUAGUAAUAUGUGUGUUGUGCAGAGAGCUGCAAUCCAACAUUAGUAAUCUAUUCCUGUCAUUCUCAAAUAGAGGAGAAAGUAGGUUAGUAGAUGGACAGGAUGUCUCCACACAGCAACCACAAAAUAAGCACCAUGCCUGAAUGAUGAAGAUAUUCUUCAUAUACACAGAAUGCAAUAUAUCUGCAACUCGUGAUUUUUUGAGCAAUGGAUGAACUUCAUAGCCUGGACCCAAGAAGACAAGAAUUGUUAGAGGCAAGAUUCACGGGAGUAGUAAGUGGCAGCACUGGGAGUACUGGAAGUUGCAGUGUUGGAGCUAAAGCCUCAACAAAUAACGAGAGUUCAAAUCACAGCUUUGGAAGCUUGGGAUCUUUAAGUGAUAAAGAAUCAGAGACUCCAGAGAAGAAACAGUCAGAACCUUCCAGAGGAAGAAAAAGAAAAGCAGACACUCAGAGUGAAAGCAGCCAAGGAAAGAAUAUUGGGGGACGUGGUCACAAGAUUAGUGACUAUUUUGAGUACCAAGGUGGGAACGGCUCGAGCCCGGUGCGAGGCGUGCCUCCUGCAAUCCGCUCUCCUCAGAACUCACAUUCCGCUCCUUCUUCUGUUCGACAGAAUAGUCCUUCUCCUACUUCAUUAGCUUUCGGGGACCACCCUCUCACACAACCAAAGCAGUUAUCUAUUAAAAUUACUCAGACUGAUCUCACAAUGCUGAAAUUAGCUGCACUAGAAAGUAAUAAAAAUCAAGACUUGGAAAAGAAAGAAGGUCGUAUAGAUGACUUACUCAGGGCUAAUUGUGAUCUUAGAAGACAAAUAGAUGAACAACAAAAACUACUUGAAAAAUACAAAGAAAGGUUAAACAAAUGUAUUUCAAUGAGCAAGAAGCUUCUAAUUGAAAAGAGCACACAGGAGAAGCUAGCAAGCAGAGAGAAGAGCAUGCAAGACAGAUUACGCCUGGGGCAUUUUACAACAGUUCGUCAUGGUGCUUCAUUUACUGAACAGUGGACAGAUGGCUUUGCUUUUCAAAAUCUUGUGAAGCAGCAAGAGUGGGUGAAUCAACAAAGGGAAGACAUUGAAAGGCAGAGAAAGCUCCUGGCCAAGCGAAAGCCUCCAACUACAAAUAAUUCUCAGGCACCAUCUGCCAAUUCUGAACCCAAGCAGAGGAAAAAUAAAGCUGUGAAUGGGGCAGAAAACGAUCCCUUUGUUAGACCCAAUUUACCACAGCUUUUGACUCUAGCAGAGUACCAUGAACAGGAAGAAAUUUUCAAGCUUCGAUUAGGACAUCUCAAAAAGGAGGAAGCUGAAAUACAAGCAGAACUUGAACGUUUGGAAAGAGUUAGGAAUCUUCACAUUAGAGAACUGAAAAGAAUAAAUAAUGAAGAUAAUUCACAAUUUAAAGAUCACCCCACAUUGAAUGAGCGGUAUUUGUUACUCCAUUUACUUGGCCGAGGUGGCUUCAGUGAAGUGUACAAGGCUUUUGAUCUUUAUGAACAAAGAUAUGCUGCUGUGAAGAUUCACCAGCUUAACAAAAGCUGGAGGGAUGAAAAGAAAGAAAACUACCACAAACAUGCCUGCAGAGAGUAUAGAAUACACAAAGAACUGGAUCACCCCCGAAUAGUUAAACUGUAUGACUACUUCUCCCUGGAUACAGAUACGUUUUGCACGGUUUUAGAAUACUGUGAAGGCAAUGACUUGGAUUUCUAUCUCAAGCAACAUAAACUGAUGUCAGAGAAAGAAGCUAGGUCCAUUGUAAUGCAAAUUGUAAAUGCACUACGGUAUCUCAAUGAGAUCAAGCCCCCUAUUAUACACUAUGAUCUUAAACCAGGUAAUAUCCUUCUUGUAGAUGGAACAGCAUGUGGAGAAAUAAAAAUUACUGAUUUUGGUCUGUCCAAAAUAAUGGAUGAUGAUAGCUAUGGGGUGGAUGGAAUGGAUUUAACUUCACAGGGAGCAGGAACUUACUGGUACUUGCCUCCAGAGUGUUUUGUAGUUGGCAAAGAGCCACCAAAGAUUUCUAAUAAGGUUGAUGUGUGGUCAGUUGGAGUAAUCUUUUUCCAAUGCCUUUAUGGUAGAAAGCCAUUUGGCCACAAUCAAUCACAGCAAGAUAUCCUACAAGAAAAUACAAUAUUAAAAGCCACAGAAGUUCAAUUCCCUGUCAAACCUGUUGUAAGCAAUGAAGCCAAGGCCUUUAUCAGACGCUGUUUAGCAUACCGAAAAGAGGACAGAUUUGAUGUCCACCAGCUGGCCAAUGAUCCUUAUCUUCUCCCUCAUAUGAGGAGAUCAAAUUCUUCAGGAAACUUGCAUAUGACUGGCCUAGCAGCAUCCCCUACACCACCUACUUCAAGCAUUAUUUCGUACUGAAAUUUCUCCAGCUGAGGAAUGGGAUGAUAACCUUUGUUUAGUUUUCAGAUGCAGACUUGAGCUUGAAAGCAUUUGAGUGUUUUUACACAGGACAAGUUUGAUAACUGUGUUUUCAGACUGAAGUCCUCCUACAUAGUGUCAUUUGUAUGAUUGGAGUGGAUCAUGGACUGUGAAUAAAUGUGCCCUUCUGAGAAACACCGUUAAACAUUGAAGGAUGAAGGAUGACACUUCCUGUUACAAACUAACAGGUAUACUGUGUUUAAGACUGAAGAAAAGGUUUUUAGUUUUUUUCUGGGGAACAUUGUAAAUAAUCUUUUUAAUACUUUAAAGUACAUUUGGUGGAUACUGGAAAGUUCUAACAUGAAGGGUAGUUUUUCAUUAUUUAAAUAAAAAAGGGUAGUGAGCAAAUUUGAAAACACAGGAAAAAAUUUGUGCCUGGUUAUGAAGUAAAUGAACUGCCAUCUUUCCAAGACAUUGAUCUUUCAAAACCAAAGUAAGGAAUGUGAGAUGGUGAAAGAUAAUGUUUAACAUCAGAUUUUUCAAAUAAAAUUAGAGUAUUUUGUUUGGCUACUCAGGCUUGUACCUCCAAAAAUGUUGUGGUGUUCCACUGAAUUUAGAUUGGAAGGGUGAUAUGGAAUUCCUGGUACUUACUUCUCAAAUAGAUUGCUAAUUUUGAAAUCCAUUCGGUUUUUUUUAAAUACUAUACUUGCUGUGGUAUUGAAACUUGAGAAACCUUCCAGGCUUCUAAUAAAAGCAAGCAACAGUAUGAAACCAAAUGCAAACAGGUCAUGUAUAAUGUUCUAUGCAGGAAUAAUGAUAAAUUCCCUUCUAGCUCUACUGUAAAUUGUUGUACAGAUGUCACAUUUUCAGUUAAAUUUCAGCAACUUAUUCCUGUACAAAUGUUUAAAGUAUGGCUUUUUCUAAUUGGAUAUUGUAUUUUUUUUAAGUCUCCCUCAAGGCGCUUUUAAUUGCUGCUAAAUGACGUUGCUUUUACUUUUACAAGAGUCAAAUGACCUCCUUCAGGUGCGAGUCAACUGUAUGAGAGAUGGAGCAGAGGCAAUCGUUAUCAAUCAAGGCAUGUACAGCGAUCUGUGUUGGCAAUUUACAGUACAGUUCCUUCAGUCCGUUCGCUGCGUUCUCCUCCUGCAGAGCGCAUCAAUAAUAGGUGUAGAAGUUGCUCAUGGUUAUUCUCUAUUUCUGGAAGUUCCUAUCAACAAGGAAAUGUUUCUUGUGGCUUGUACAGAUAUUUUAAAAUGUGAAACAUUUUCUAACUGCCUUGUAUGGUAGAAACUUAUUUUUCAGAACAGUGUAUCUCUCUCCUGUUCACUAUUCUUUUUACUAUCCCAUUCUUGAUGCUGAAUACCUAUAUGUAAUUUUGUCCAUGUUGCAGAAAGAGGAGGCUGUAUUACCACAGGUUUUCAUUUAGUAUUGUACAGUUAAACUGUUGCUCUUGUUUCUGAUGUUGCAAGCCAUUUUGUUUUCAUUGUAUAUAAAGAAAUGUUAACUGUCUCUUUAAAAUGCUGCUGAAAUUGUAGAGAAUGUAGCCAAAACAGUAAUAAACAACAGGCAGUUGAAAUUUCAA